AUGUCAUCCGAUGAGCAAGAUGCUUUGGACGCACUGGAGAAGGAGGCGUCGGAUUUCAUCAAGGAUGCGGAAAUCGAUCGCAUUCGAAAAGCUUUUCAAUUAGAUGCAUAUGCGGUGCUGGAUCUUCAGCCAGGUGUCGCCGAAUCCGACAUCAAAUUACAGUAUCGCAAAAAGUCGCUUCUCAUUCACCCCGACAAGACAAAAAACCCUGCUGCCCCAGAUGCCUUCGAUCGGCUCAAGAAAGCUCAGACGGCGUUAUUGGAUGAGAAGGCCCGCGCGUAUUUGGAUGAAUGUAUCGCUGAUGCGCGUCGGCUCUUGAUCCGGGAACAUAAGUACACAGUAGACUCCCCCGAAUUGCAGACUGAGGAAUUCAAAAAGGAAUGGCGCCAAAAGACUGUGCAGGUCUUGCUGGAAGAGGAAGCGCGCAGACGAAGGCAGCUUAAAGCCAAGCUGCAGGAGGAAGGAAGAGAGCAGCGCAAAGAGGAAGAAGAGUUAGAGGCAAGGAAACGGAAGCGAGACCGGGAGCAAGCUUGGGAAAAUACGCGAGAUGAGCGGAUUGGAAGCUGGCGAGAAUUCCAAAAGGGGCAGAAGAAGGGGACCGAUGGUGACAAGAAGAAGAAGAAAAGGAUGAAAGUUCUAGGCUAA